AUGCCUUUUGUUGCCAGCGUGAUGGGUGAACAGCAGCGUCCCGUGCAGCGGGCGUGCGGGCUUGCGGCGCUCCUUGUGGGCGCGGCAGCGUGCGCAUGCGCGGUGAUGGCGUCUUCGACAAGCGCCAUGGCCGUGUCUCCGGUCUCUUCCAACGGCACCACCAUCUUUGACUUCCAAGACCUGGUGGACAUCCAGGGCAAGCCCAUGAACCUCUCCCACUUCCGUGGAAACGUGUCGCUGGUCAUCAACGUUGCGUCCUUCUGA